AUGUCUGGCAACGAAGACAGCGAGACGACCCGGCGUGACUACCGGCCGGGCUAUACACCACAUCACCAGAUCCCGACGAUCCAGAAGUACCGGGAAGAGAAGGCGCAGAGGAAAGAAGAUUAUGGCCCUCCACAAGACGAGACAGACGCGCCGAGUAGGACACAACAGCUUGGAGACACAUGGAACAAAUACCGUCAUGGAGAAGAGACUAACGAUUCGGAUGCGUCGAAGCAACCGUACCAGAGCGAGAAUAAGAACAAGAUGGGACAGGAGUCAACGCAGGCAGAAGACCAUGCAAACGGAGACUAUACACAGGGUGCCGGCUCAGAGACCAAAACGGAGCAGGAGGACAGCGAAGACCAUGCGCAGGGGGACUAUACACAAGGUGCCGGCUCAGGUGUCAAAACAGAGCAGGAUAGCAAAGACGUUAAAAACCCAGACGUCGCCGAGGACACAUCCCAAACCACAUAUGCCCAGAUGGAUCCGAGGCAGAAACGCAAAGAUAUGCAAAAGCGCUCUGACGACCGUAUAGAACGCGAAGUCACGGACCCCGUCACGCAUCUGCCCGUUACAAUUCACGACUUCACAAUCAAAGACUUGAAGCAUACGCCGCAGAAUGGACCACCGGCAGGCGAAGAACCGCGUUCAGCAACUGGUGGUGCAAAUAAGAAUAAAGAUGAUGGGCAAUUGGGCAAGGAACGAGAUGAAAUGCAGCAAAGCCAUGAAGAGAUAGAGGCGCUAUUCCCGCCGCCAGAGUUUGAAGCCGCCAGGGAGGAGAUCGCGUAUGUGUAUAAGACUGCUGUGACGAUCGGCAUAGGGCUUGUGUCAGCCGCUCUCACAUCUAUCAUUCUCCUCUUCCAGCUCACGAAAAAUUCCACAGGCGUUUCGAGAGUGAUCCUUUCAGCCAUUGAAGGAGCCCUCGCUUUGGCUAGCUCUGUGGCCGUUAUCAUGGGCAUGCGGCAAUGGACCGAGAAUAGGAUCAAGGGUGUCUGGGAAACAGAAGUUUGGAAUGCAGAAAGGCAGCAGGGAAAGAAACAGGCGAAUUCCCAGACGCCAGAGUCGACGCAGUGGCUCAACUCUCUAAUGGCCUCCAUUUGGCCACUCGUCAACCCAGAUCUAUUCACGAGCGUGGCGGAUACAUUGGAAGACGUCAUGCAAGCUAGUUUACCACGCAUGGUAAGAAUGGUCAGUGUGGAUGACAUUGGCCAAGGGAGUGAGGCUCUACGUAUUCUUGGUGUCCGGUGGUUACCAACUGGUGCGGCCGCAAGAUCAGUAACAAAAGAUGGCAAACUGGACGAAGGUGAAGGGGAGGGUAAGAGUGAUCGCACUGUGCCAGGACAAGGGGAGCUCCAAGAGAAACCGGAUGGCGGUAAUUCUAAGGGCCAAAAUGACGAUGGCGAUGGCGAGAAGGAAAAGGAGCAAGGUCAGAGUGUUGCAGAGGGUAUGGAAGCCGAAGAAGGUGAUUUCGUUAAUGUAGAAAUUGCAUUCGCAUAUCGACCUCGGACCGGCAAGAAGGGUAUGAGGAAUAGGGCAAACAACGCUCAUCUCUAUCUUGCCUUUUAUCUCCCGGCCAAUAUCAAGCUCCCUGUCUGGGUCGAAUUACAUGGCAUCGUCGGAACCCUCCGACUUCGACUCCAACUCACACCUGACCCACCAUUCUUCUCUCUAUGCACACUCACAUUCCUUGGACAGCCAAAAGUAGACUUAUCGUGCAUACCAUUGCUCAAGAAAGGACCAAACAUCAUGGACCUGCCGCUCAUUUCGAAUUUCGUGCAGAGUUCCGUGGAUGCAGCUAUGGCUGAAUACGUAGCCCCAAAGAGCUUAACGCUCGACCUGAAAGACAUGCUUGUUGGCGACGACUUCAAGAAAGACACUACUGCUCGCGGCGUGAUAGUCGUUACAAUCAAGCGCGCUUUCGAUUUCAAGGAAGGCGAUCCUGGCAUCGCCAUGAUCAAAGAUGGUUCCGCGGACCCAUACGUCUCUGUAGGAUGGGCCAAAUUCGGAAAGCCCGUCUGGUCUACUCGAGUCAUCCUAACUGAGAUGCACCCGCACUGGGAAGAAACUGCUUACAUACUUGUCUCACCCGAGGAACUCAAUGUGGAUGAGCGUCUUCGUGUACAGUUAUGGGAUUCGGAUCGUUCAACGGCAGACGACGAUCUCGGCCGUAUUGAGCUCGAUAUCAAAAUGCUCAUGCGCGAUCCCCACUCAAACGGGAAGAUGUGGGACCGGCAAGAUGGCUUCAAGGCGCUUAAAGCUGGAGAAGGUAUGCCGGGUAAGCUGGACUGGAGCGUCGGCUACUUUUCUAAGCAGCGAAUUACGGACAAUCAACUCGCGGAGCAAGAUGAAGACCCUGGUGUUAAAAAUAUCGAUCAACUUAAGAAGAAAGUAUAUGAGGAGAGUGGGCGAAAAUUGCGCGAGGCCUCGAAAGAUGAGUCUGCUGAGAUUGAGCAACAGAAGGCUCAAGAUUUAAAGACACGUCAAGAUGAACUCAUCAUCGCCUCGCCUCCAGCGUCUGACUACCCCACUGGUAUUCUAUCCAUCCAAAUUCACCAAAUCACCGGUCUUGAGCUCGAAGCCAUCAACAAGAACAAAGCGAGCAAGAAUGAGAGCGGAACAGAUGAAGAGGAAGACGGAGAUGACCUCCCAAGCGCUUAUUGCACCAUCAUCCUCAACCAUCAGAAGAUUUUCCGUACACGAACGAAGCCCAAGAACUCGAAGCCUUUCUUCAAUGCCGGUUGCGAACGCAUGAUCCGCGACAUUCGUACCUCCGAAGUCCACAUCUCCGUCCGCGACUCCCGAGUCCACGAAGACGACCCCCUCCUCGGCAUCAUCUACCUUCCCCUAGCUAAAGUAUUCGCAAAACGUUCCCAGAUCAACGGCUUCUUCCCCUUAGCUGGUGGUAUUGGUUAUGGCCGCGCUCGCGUCUCUCUCGUGUUCCGCUCCAUCCAACUCCAGGCUCCCCGAAAUAUGCUAGGCUGGGACUACGGUACCGUAGAGAUCGGAUCUGAAGCCAAGUCUAUCGGUCUACCAAAAGAGCUCGAAGGACUGCGACUGAAAACCCGAAUUGGGAGCGCCAAAGGAAAGAUGCAGGCCCAAGGCGGUACGUGGAAGGCCAAGGGUGGCCGAUCGAUUAAACUCGCUGUCCGGAAGCGAUACACCGCUUCUCUUAUCGUCGAAUUCCGUACCGCGUCGUCGUGGCGGGAUCACACGCCCGCAUUCGCUGUGCUCUGGCUCAAAGACAUCCCAGAUGACGAGGAGCAGACCAUCAAGGUCCCCGUCUGGAAAGGCGACAUGAAGCGCGCGGAGCACAACUGCCUUCCAGAAUCCGGCACCAAGGUCGGGGAGAUCGAGCUAAAGAUCACUUUUUGGAGCGGGCUGGGCGCAUUCCACAGCAAGCUCGCCUCGAAAGACACGAAUCUGAGCGAUGUCAUGGAGGUGCUGGAUACUUGCCAGGACGACGACGAUACGGACUUCACAGACGGUGCACACCACGAGGCUGAGGCUGAUAGCACUGAUACUAGCAGUAGUAGUGAUUCGAGCUCGGAUGACGAGGGCGAGGCGACGCCGACGACGCGGAGUGGAGCGAGUACUGAUAGUCUGGAGAGUAAUGGAAAGAGGGGCACGAUUGAUCAGAUUAAGGAUUAUAGGGGGCAUAAGAAGCAGUUACAUCGGAAGAAUCGGGGGAUCAUGCAGUGGAAGGGACCGCGAACACUUCAAUGGAUGAAACAUAAAAUUGACCAUGCGGAGGAAAAGAUCACCAGUCAGCUCAAGCAUUCUGAGCGGGACACGGGAAUUGAGACGGAAGUAUAAUUUUAAGCAGCGUUGGAAAGCUCGGAAAGAAUGCGGGUUGGAGUUUGGGACCUAUUCCUUGCCUCCUACUAAUGAACCAGUCUAUGCAUCAAGGGAUAGGUAUCAAAUUAGCUUGGUCAAGCUGGGAUUCUAUUGAGUAUGGCUGGCGCUGGGUCUUUUCAUAUUCUCAUAGGGGUUGGCACCGCAAAAUUGCUAGUCAUCUGGUAUUAAUGCAGAUUCAUGUGAACGUUGAUCAAGACUAAAUGGUAGUGAGGUCGUACUGAGUACAGGAUUGGAGUGUUCACUUCUGCUGUUGGGACGAGAGAGGUCUUCGGCCCUUACACUGCCCGAGUAGGUACCCUUUGUAGAGCCUGAUAAUGGAGAACGUCUGUUUAC